AUGAAUCGCAUUGGUGUCCCUCUGAUUACCACUUGGACGUUGCUCACACCACAUUCUCGUGCUACUGUUUGGUUACCGGUCGCAUACGUCUGGCGUAUAUCUUGUCAUUUUAUUUAUGAAGGCUUGUAUACACUAGCCAAACCACGUCAUUCUAACUUAAUUCCACGUGGAUCACACGCGUCACUGCGACUGCAUUUAAUUUGCUCUUAUUGCAUUGGAAUAUAA